CUAAAUUAAUAGUUAAUAAAGUCAAAAUAUUGCGCGUGAAAAGAAACAAGUUUCUUACGAUUUGGCACCCCCUCUGAAAUUGCAGCUGACAGCAAACAACGAUAAAAUCCGACGUCUUGGCUGUCCACCUAAUUCUGACUUGCAACCACGUAGCUGAAAGAAAAUGACGCAAAUUCGAAAUGUUUGCUUCAUCGCUUCCAUACUGUUUGCAAUCGCUAGCUGUGCAACGUUGAAAGUGUUGGACGAGCAAAACUGGGACCAAAUGCUAACUGGUGAAUGGAUGGUUGAAUUCUAUGCCCCAUGGUGUCCAGCAUGCCGAGCCCUGGAACCCGUCUGGGAAGAAUUUGCAUCUUGGAGUGACGAUUUAGGAAUCAAAGUUGGACAUGUUGAUGUUACCACCUCUCCUGGUCUGAGUGGUCGCUUCAUGGUUACAGCUUUACCCACGAUAUACCAUGUAAAAAAUGGAGUCUUUCGGCAAUAUCGUGGAACAAGAGACAAGGAUGAGUUCAUUAGUUUUGUUGAAGAAAAAAAAUGGGAACAAGUUGAACCUAUCCCUAGUUGGAAAUCACCAUCUUCCAUUCAAAUGUCUGUUGUUUCUGGAUUCUUCAAGCUUUCCAUGAUGCUGAGAAACAUUCAUACGCAAAUCACAGAAGAGCAUGGAAUUCCGUAUUGGGGAUCUUAUUUGCUCUUUGCUCUCGCUACCAUCAUUGUUGGUGCUGUUCUAGGACUCGUUCUAGUUUUUCUCAUCGACUGCUUUUAUCCAGCGAAGGUUACUGCAAAACGAGUGGAAUCCAAAUCCGCGAAAUCAGAACAAAAUGAUGAGGAUGCUGAAGAUGACGAUGACAUAGUAGACGAAAAUAGUCAAUCAGAGGGAAAGGAUGGUGAUGAAUUCAGCCAGUCGGAGCAAGAAGAAGAUGAGAAGGAAAAAACUUCAGAAGAAAAAGAAACAACGAACGUUAAAAAUAACGAAGAAAACCAGGCUGCUGAGGAUGGUCCUUCUCCUUCCAGUCCUGACAUUCGAAAGAGACGCAGCCGGAAAGCGGACUAGCUAAUUACUAGCUGCACCAAAUAACUAACAUGAUAUUUCUAUUUUCCCAAAUGUUGUUGAAAGAGUGCAUGGGGAUAUGAGCGAUAUUUUUCUCAACUUUGCCUGGCUUGUUGCCUUCCUUGUUAAAUAACCUAAGUGAUAGGAAAUUGGGAGCUGUAAACAUCUUAAGAGCGUUUUUGUUAAAAAUUUCAUCUAAAGUCUCUCAACGAGAACGCACACUCGGAAAGGGAAGCAGUCUAUCUAAUCUCAAAGCCUUUCUUCACUUCUUCAUAAUUUGUAUUUUUCAGUUCUCGCGCUGGGCUUAGGCAUUCCAAAUUUUCUUUUGUAUGAUGUGUCUUGCUGCCCAGUAGAGUUAAUUGUCAUUGACAGAAGUGGUACUAAUACAUUGAAAGUGAAAUUA